AUGAGCUAAUAAACCUAAAAAUAGGAUGAGAAAGUAUCAAUCUUUCAAAAGCUCCUACUGAGAAUUCCUAUUCCAGUAUCAGUUAUAUACACAUUUUAAGCUUUGAAUUUCAUAUUUACUAAAAAAAGUGAGAUUUUAACACUAAUGAAAAUUAAUCCCUACGAAAACAGCAUAGAAGAAAGGUUAUCAUUAGUUAGUAAAGUUCUCUUUGCCUUAGGUUUGAUAAUAGGUGUGUUAAUAUAAAUAACUAUGCUAUUCAGAAUUAUUCUAGGAACUAAACUUAAUGCAAAUGGAAGUGAUCCUUUUCCUAUUACUUUUCUAAAUAAAUUACUUAAUAAUAGUUUAUAAAACUACUUUUUCUUCUUAGGAAAUUUACUUUAUUUCGCAUUUUCUGACAAUUAAAAUGCUGAUCAAACUCAAGUCUUUUAGAAAAAUGUUGUGUUAGCUUGUGUGAGUAUUUUGUACAUUUUAUCGAGGAUUGUUUUUUGUGUUACAUAUGCUGUCGGUGUAGCUACAGGUGUACCUGCUCUAAGAGCAUUUGGACAUAUUCCUUGUCAUUUCCUCUCAAUAAUGUUAUUGUUAUAAAAUUUAGGAUAUAACAUGUUUUCAUCUUAUCUUUGA